AUGGAUGUCUUCUUUCUCCUUCAGAAGAUGCAGACGUCUCACAGACCGGUGCAGCUGCUCACCGUCAUGCUUCUUAUCGUCUCCACAUCUGGACAGUGUGAACAGAACAAAAGCCGUCGAGCUGUGACUGAACACCAGCUGAUGCACGACCGCGGCCAAAACAUCCAAAGUCUGAAAAGACUGAUCUGGCUGUCCAGCGCCAUCGAGGGUCUCCACACAGCUCAGACCAGGUCAGCGACACUCAACCCACCAAAGUCCCUGAACCUGGCUCUGGACCCUGAGAGCCCCCAAACCAGCCGGGUCCAGAGCGUCCUCAGAGACUUCUUUAACAGUCACUACCUGAACCAGCUGCCUGACCGAGAGCCAUGACGCCUAACGGAUGCACUGACAUGAAGACACUGUACCUUUACAUUGAAUAAAGUCUAUUAUUUUAACAAUAAACAUGAAAGAGUGCUACAGU